AUGACAACUAUUAUGCGUUCCUUGUUUCCAUCAAAACGACGUAAAACGGAAGAUAUCACUACUUCGGUGUUCGCCGAGACGAGCCGUAAUGGCAACGGGCUUCUGCCGUCGUCGAGCUCAUCCAUCUCGUUGUCGGGACUGCUGCGAAACGCCGUCGUUGUACCAUUGAUGUCGUCAUCGUCAUCGGCACCCAUUCGGGUGACAAAUAAUAAUAUGACGGCGAAUGGACACCGUCGGCAACAUUCGACAGGAUCAUUCAACAAUUUUGUUUCGCCGCCACCGGCUUCGGAGCGGAAUCGACAACGGAGUGUUAGCGGCGGACACGAAGCUAACAACAACAAUAAUAAUGACUUGAUUCCGAUGAUGCCGUAUUUGGUUCCAAUGUCGAAGUUAUGCAAAAAAUCAUUCUCUACUAUCACGCCUUCGAACUUGAGAAUGGUGAUUAUUGAAGCGGAUCAACGCGUUCUGUAUGACACGAUGACCGUGAUUCCGGUGAGGCAUGGACUUGUGCCAAACGCCAAAACUCUUUCGCCGUGCAAGGAGUUUCAAUUUCUGCGUAGACGGAAAGACACGAAGCAUUUGGCACAGCUUCUGUUUGGCGCGGUUCCCGUCGCCACCGGGUCCGAAUCGUUCAAGAUUCACGUUCUUGAGGAAGAAGAUCAAAUUCUCGUUAGCAAGGUGUUCUUCAUUCCGCGCUCAUCAAAGAAUGCCCAACAGCCAGAAACAUCGGAUGCCGAAACGCAGAACACUGUGAAAUCGGUUGAUGGCUGGAUGCGAACGCACAUUACUCGGUCGACGACGUCGACGCCGGAGACGUUUUCACGUGUACGGCACAUAUCGAUCAACUUUGGCGAUGAAGAUGACGCGGCGUCAUCAUCGCCUACCUCGUCCAAUACGCUACCGAGGGCAUUCUCGCCGCCGCAUCGCUUAUCACGAAAUCGAAGGCGCCAAAUGGCACACAAGACGAGCCUUUGCGAGAAUUCAUCGUUUGCGAUUCCAUCAAGUCUCAAAUCGAGAUCUCGGCUGAGUUCGAUAGGUUCGCAAAUCAAUGAUGACGAUCACCAUCAUUCCCAAGAGGGACGACAAAUUGCCCUGGGACUGCUGUUCCCAGGAGCACAGCGACAUUUCCUUUUCAAACAUAUGCCUUUGAUUGAAGCUGAGAUGUCACGGUUUGAGAAUCGAAUUAUGACGGCUGCUGGCCAUCCGCCGACGUUCUUACACAACAUUUCCAAAGCCUGGGAUGAGAUUGCUGGAAUAAUUUGCAAUCUUCACAACGCGCCGCGUCUUAAGAAUCCCGUGUGGCUCACGUUGAACGAGAAUCCACGCGACGAGAAGUGCCUUGCGCGACAGUUUUGCAAUCAACUCUCCUAUCUUAUUCACAAGUUCGACACCAAGGAGCAGGGCUAUUUCUUGUCGAAUCUGAUCACAGCUGUGCUCAUGCAUCAUAUGUCGUGGGUGGCGAGCGUCGCAACACCACCGCUUCGUCCUGAUAUUCGACGGCGUUAUGCGAACUCGAUGAAAAACUUCUACUUUGGUAUGAAUCUCAAUGAAGACGCGCAUUCGGUCGGCUACAACGCGCAAAUGGCGCAAUAUCUCGAACUCAAUGGAAACGUCGGACUCCAUCGGUCGGCGAAAGUGCUGGUGUGCGGAGAAGACGCAGAUAUUGUCACUUCGUUGUGCCAAAUUUUGACAUACUUCAUUCGGUGUUCAGCCGUUAAACACAUUGAUGAUGACCGUUUAUGGCAAUUGCCAAUCGAACAAAAAUUCUCGCCGAUCAACGCUGGAGUAUCGGGUAGAAUGGCAUUCAGUCCCGACAAAAUUGAUGAUGAUCAAUUUGUCGACGAAUUUCUUCCACCACGCCGCACGCGCAAAUCGCGAAUUAAUAAUUAUUCGUUGAAUGCGACGUCGACAUCAUCAUCAUCGAGCUCCGCUGAAUCGAUACCGACUGUCGUUGCCCAGUCCACUCAGAUAUGUGUCGUCGAAACAGAAUCGUCGUCAUCGAUUACGAUUAUUAAUCGACUUGAAUACCCAUGUUGCGGCAAUUCUUGUCGAAGUGACGAUGAAGAGGAUCUGAAUCCGGAAGACAUUUGGGCCCCACGAUCAACUUCUGACGGAUUAGGAAAAAGCUUAUUCGCCGGACCACUCAACAGCUAUUGCCCUCAUUUUGUUGUUUCUGGAUUAUCAAAAGAUUAUAUAGGAAUGCCAGAACUAAUUUCAAAAAUUUUUGACGAAGUUCGAUGUACGUAUUCUCCUUGUCAUCGCGCCGUCGCAACUGCUUCUAUUUCCUCGUCGCAAUCAUCUUCGUCUGUAAGCGAUGUGCAGCUGCCGGAAAACGUGCUGAUUUUGGCCGACAUCGAGGAGCACCACAUCAAGAUUAUUUCGGGCGAAGGAUUUGACGAGGUCACGUCGCCUUCGGAAGCCGUCGUUUCGAUGCUUGAGCAGUUCUCUGAUCUUCACUCAGCGAUACCGGUCAAACCGGAGUUUUUGGUGUCGAUAAUAGAGGAUUCGCUCGCUCACAUUGUUAACAAGAGCUUAACACUUGUCGAGAUGGUCACUAGAGAUGACACUUGUACUGAACUGACACCAGAUCGUGUUCGAACUAUUCUAGGAUGCGAUCAUUCCGAUCUUCGGCUCAUCGUCAAUGUCGCUGCUGUUUAUUGGCCGCCCGUUUUGUCGUCGGUAUUUGGAUGA